ACCCCUCGUUUUAAGCACCAUGACAAAAAUAUAGCUUCAAGGAACCCCUAGCUAUCCGCCGGAGCUCAGCCAGUCCCCAAAAAUGGAUGCCGCAGAGGACGACAGAGAUAUCAAGCUCCAAAAGCUAAGCUCCACCUUCAUCGCCGACUUCGAACUCUCCCUCCACCCCUUCCUCUACCGCACCACAGCAGAUGGCACCUCGAAAGCCCGCCGCAACGUGCGCGCACGCGAAGCUGACCGUCUCGUCGGCCUGCUUGAGCCCUUUCAAGAGCUCCCCCAGCUGCUUGACCCGCACCUGGGCCGCUUCCUGCCCAUGCUAGCGGACGCACUACUGGCGUACCUACGCGCGCCGCCGCGGAAGAGGGGCGCGGACCGGCCACAGCUCGUGACGCUUUCGCAGGCAAUUUGUAGGCUGCUCUAUACGUUUUGUAAGAUCCGGGGAGAGAAGGUCGUGGUAAGGUUCUUUGGGGCAGAGACGAAGAAUCUGGAGUUAUUGCUUAAUGCUGUUGAGGAGGCCGAGGGGGGCAAGGACGCGGGGCAGGGAGAGGAAGGAGAGAAAGAGUGGACAUGGGAGGAAAGGUACAUUUGCUUGCUGUGGCUGUCGCAUCUGCUGUUGGCGCCGUUUGAUUUAUCAACCAUUUCGUCGGCGGGCACAGGAGAUGUGAAGAGGCCGGAUAUAGCGAACCUGGUAUGGCCCGAGAAGCUUCCAAGCGUGGCAGAGCGGGCCAUCCCGCUGGCUAUCAAGUAUCUGGGAGCAGCAGGGAAAGAGAGGGAUGCGGCGAAGGCGCUGCUGGUGCGCUUUUCUAUGAGGCGGGAUAUGCAAGCGCUGGGGCUACUGGAUGCGCUUGUACAGUGGGAAAUGGCGUGUCUGAAGUCAUCGACAACGCUGGCGACGAACUCGUCAUACUACUACAUUGGCGUGCUGUCAUAUCUGGCUGGAAUCCUGAUCUCGUCGCUCAGCACGGCGGAUAUGGAUCCGUACCUCCUCAAGGUCUUCCGCACGGUACAGAAUAUUUCGGACGAGGAGAAUGUUGCAUUCAAGUCUGUGCAUGCGUCUGCGAUUGCGAGGAAGACUGUCAUCAAGGUCCUCCGCACCAUUGCCGUCUUGGCACUUAGGAGGGAGUACUCAUCCAAAGGGAACGAGGUGAUCACAACCGAGAUCGUCGAGUCAACAGUUGGCUAUCUCCUGGACGCCCUGGCCGAUAACGACACCCCCGUUCGGCUGGCAGCCAGCAAAGCCCUCUCAGUCAUAACACUGAAGCUCGCCCCUGACUUGGCUUCCCAAGUCGUCUCCGCCGUCCUCGACUCCCUCACCACCAACAUUCUCUGGAUCACCCUCCCCGACGGCACAAAGACCCAGGACCUCACCGCUGUCAACCCCCAAGAAUGGCACGGACUUAUCCUAACUCUCUCCCACCUUCUCUACCGCAAAUCCCCACCUCCUGACUCCCUCGCCCUCAUCCUCCACGCCCUCCUCACUGGACUCACCUUCGAGCGCCGCUCCACCUCCGGCAGCUCAGUCGGCACCAACGUCCGCGACGCAGCCUGCUUUGGCAUCUGGGCCCUCGCGCGCCGCUACACUACCCGUGAGCUACAGGAUGUCGUCAUCGCCGAGGUCAGUGCUGCCACAGCUCAGACCAGAGAAAAAUUGAUAAUCCAGAUCAUGGCCACCGAGCUUGUCGUCGCCGCCUCCUAUGAUUCAGCAGGGAAUAUCCGUCGUGGUGCGUCGGCUGCACUGCAAGAGUUAAUUGGACGACACCCGGAUAUUGUCACUGAGGGCAUUGCGGUCGUGCAGGUAGUAGAUUAUCACGCUGUUGCGCUACGUUCGAGAGCUAUUCUCGAGGUUGCGCCUGCAGCGGCUAGGCUGGGGGGUUGUUAUGCAGAGGCGCUGAUGAGGGCGCUGUUUGGGUGGCGUGGGGUGGGGAGUGGAGAUGCGAAGUCGAGAAGGAUGGUGGCCGGGGGUGUAGGAGAACUGGUGAGGUUGUUCGGCGGGGGUGGGAAAGAGAAGCCAUGGCGGAGGGUACAGGAGUUGAUUGGACAAAUCGACAGGCAGUUGGGGAAUUUGAAGGCUAGGGCUAUAGAUGAGAGACACGGGUUGGUGCUGGUAAUGGCAGCAGCUGCUGGGGUGAUUCCUGCGCUCUUGAGCGCAGAUUCCGUGAAGGAAUGGGAGGAUCCACUGGAUGCGGUGAAAGCGAUUCUGCGAGUGGUUUUAUCGACACUGAAGAGUGCUAUGGCAGCGACAUCUCGGAGGCCCGAACUUGGCCUUGAGGCUACAUGCAGGCUGAUUGUGGCUGCGUGCCCGAUUAUUAGAAUGGAAAGGGUGCUUGACUUUAUGAAGCGCCGCUCUAAUGCUUCUAUAAAUACAGUAGCUUGGGAGAAGAUUCUGCGCAACGAAGCCACCACAAAAUGUAGCCCAGACGACUCAUUCGACCCAAUCGAGGUUCGAGAGAUCGUUGAAGCCUCGGGAUCCAUUAUCGACGCCUCCCUCCGCCUCACCGAUCCCGACACCAUCGAAGCCGCUGUUGACGCUGCAACAAGCCUAACUCUCAUCAUCCCCACCGCCGCUAGCGAAUCCCUCAUCCACUCCUGGGCCGUCGCCGUCACAGACAAUUCAAGUCGCACCCGACACCCCGGCUACCUCUUUGUUCUUGCCAGCGUCUUCACCCACACCCAGUCGCAAGACGCAAUCUGUACCCUCAUCUUGAGCCAAUGGCAACAGGCCACGAACAUUGUAGACCGUGUGUCUAUCUUACAGUGCCUCAACCGCGCGCAGAUCUUGGAUUCCCACACUGCGCGCUUCAUACCGUUGAUUGCUGAGGGACUGGACGACUAUACGACUGAUGCCCGUGGGGAUAUCGGGUCUCUUGCGCGGAUUGAAGCGCUGAAGGCUACAAGUAAGGCUUUUGCUACGAUUCCGUGUGAUGCGCAGAGUGGUGCUGUGGUACGGGAUGGCAAUGAAGAGUGGUUUGCCGACGAGGACCUCUUCGGCUCCCUCUACAGCCGCACGCUACGCCUCUCAGCAGAGAAACUCGACAAAGUCCGCGGCGAAGCACAAACCGCGCUGGCCAUCCUAAUCCAGGAUUCCAUCCAACACAGCGCCUUCACCUCCGCCAACCACGUAUCCCGAACCUACUUCCGCCACCUCCUCGACCUCCAACUCCCCUCAUCCGCCUCCUGGCUAUCCAACACCCACCUCCAUCUCCACCAACGCUGGACCGACCAUCUCUUCGAUGGCUACGUCAGCGCUGCCGACUCCGGUGCCGAGGGCCUCAUCCGUGCCUCCCGCGCUGCCCUAAACGACUUCUGCUUCGCCGCUCCCGCCAACCGCGAACUCGUCUGCAACACGCUCGUAGGGUCAGUGAAGCGCCUCCACGAUGCGGGAGACGAGCGCGUGCUGCUCCCUAUGAUGUCUGUUGUUGCAUUUCUGUUUGAUGCGGGGAUUUUGGAGGGGGGGCAUAAAGGGUUGAGGGGAUUGUUUUUAGCGACACAGCGAGCGCAUUUUAAGAGCGGGAAUGUAAGGAAGUUGGAGGUUGCAGUGAGGGUUUAUGGGGGGUUAUUAGGGGUGAUGGAGGAGGAGAAGGAGGUGGAGAAGGUGUUGGUGAGGAUGCUGAGGCAUCCGUUUCCGGGGGUGAGGAAGGCGGUGGAGGAUGUGUUAUGGGUUGGUAGAGGAGUGGGGAAGGGUGGGGUGGGGGUUCAAGGGGUGAAGAAGGCAUUGGAAGAGAAGUGGGAGAGUGGUGGUGAGUGA